AUGCCAAGACGUCAGAGCGACGCUUGCUUGGCCCAUGACAUCGCAGCUGGUAUGGAACGGGAACUUGAACUAGAAUUGGAACUGGAGCUGCAGCGRCCGCUKCUGUCGYCGAAGGAGCAGGCCAAAACUGGUAUGGAACGGGAACUUGAACUAGAAUUGGAACUGGAGCUGCAGCGRCCGCUKCUGUCGYCGAAGGAGCAGGCCAAAACGUACUAUGCCUUUUUUGGAAGUUCACAAAUAAUAGAAUUUAUUGUGAAUUUACAAUUCUUCGCAAUUCGCACGAGCGCUCAGUUGCUCUCGGUCAUUCGUUGUGGUUGUGUGAACUUGUGCCGCAGCAUCAUCAGCAGCAGCAACAGCAGCAACAGCAGCAACAGCAACGACAACGACAAGAACAACAUCAGCGGACAGAGACGACAUUGUCGCCAUCGUUGUCGCCAUCGACAUCGACAUCGCAUAGAGAAUCAGAAUCAUAAGAAGCAACAGCAGGAAGAGUUUUUUCGUGUGAGCAGCCAAAGACAAAACGUUUUGUGGACUGAAGGCGACCCGGUAAUGUUUGGACAACUAUGACGAGAUUUGCUGUUAAAUAGAGCAUAGUAGACAUCCACACAUAGACACACACACAUACAUAUACAACAACAACAAAAAUAAUAAUAGAAGCGAAGAUUUCUUGCAUCACUUGGUUUUUGGUCAAGAGCCAUAAGCUAAUAAUUUUUUUUAUAUAUAUAUGCUUAGUUUC